AUUAAGUCAAACCAGCGAAACAGAUGUGCGUGAAACGAAUCGUUACUACUUCGCUAAAUAUCCGUCAGAUGUCACUGGAGUUUUUCAGUCAUAUUGGGUGGUGAUAAAAUAUUUCACGUGAAAAGAAACUAAAUUUCCCAGUAUGGCUAACUACCUGAUGCGCCGAGUGCUGUUAGAUGCAGUCCGCGUUCCUGCUGGCACCCGUGCCAUGAGCGAGCUGUCCAAGAUCGGGAGCCGCGAGUGGGUCGGCUACGGCUUCAACGGACAGCCCAACUACGUGGACAGGCCCGACUUCCCCCUGCCCGCUGUCCGCUUCCGCCCCGACACACCCGACAUCAAGGUCCUCCGUGAAAAGGAAAAGGGUGACUGGAAGAAGCUGACGUUAGAAGAGAAGAAAGCACUGUACCGCGCAUCCUUCUGCCAGACCUUCGCAGAGUUCAAAGCUCCUACUGGGGAGUGGAAGGGAGUUGUCGGCUGGGGACUCAUCCUGGCCUCGCUGUCUGUCUGGAUCUACAUGGGCAUGAAGCUGUUUGUGUACAACCCGCUGCCCGAGUCCUUCAGUGAAGAGAACCAGAAGGCACAGCUGAAGCGCAUGCUGGACCUCAAGAUGAACCCCGUAGACGGGCUCGCCUCCAAGUGGGACUACGAGAACAACCGCUGGAAGUAAACUGACACUCGAGUUGGCGUGGUGCUAUGGACCGGCUUGGGUAGAGUAGACAAAUGUAAAAUAAGAACUAUCUCUGUAAGAUAAUAAAUUGUGAUUCCAAUCAUACAA